AUGGAUGUAGUAACGUUGCAGCGAGCCGAGGGUCAGGAAUUUUUGCACAACACAAACAAUAAUAACAAUAACAACAAUAGCAGCAACAAUGGUUCCAUGGCAUGUGGAUUGGAGGGAAAAGGUAAAUUGGCUGCCGAGGUGAUGGUGGCCAACGAUAUGGCGCGAGAUUUCGUAACACCAAAAAUGAGCUCAAGUGUAGCCAGCAUACUCGAUGAUACAACGCCUAGCGAUUCUGGUGUACAGCUGCUGGAUUCAGAGUCAAGUGGUCUAAACGAAUCCAUGAUUUCCAGUGCUGGAGGGUUCGAGUUCGAUGGUGGUCCAACACCACCACCGCCAUUACCAUUGUCGGCGUCAUCCGCGUAUGGCGAGGAGGGUACAAAAAAUAAUAAUAACAAUUUCUCGUACCAUGAUCGUUCCGUAGCGGAGAUGGAGGUGGAAGUAGCGGCAGAAGAAGAGGACGGUGCGGGUGUGGCGGACCUGGAUGAUGCAGCAAGUGAAGCAAAGCUGGCAGCCGAUCAAGAGAUUGGCGAAGGGAUCGAAAUAGAUCUGGGCAUGAGCACAAGUCAGGUGCCGGAAGAACUCAUCUCCAGCACCUGUUCAACGUUCGACAGCGAGAACAUCGUGUACCGAAGACGCAUUAAGAAGGCCCCAAUUAGUAAGACACCGAAGAAACGUGUAUCGUUCCAUGAGGAUAUCUUGAAGAAUACCAAAACGGACAAUAUUCACAUCGAGCACGGCUUUAUUACGUACAAGACGGGUGGCAUGGGCAAAAAACCCGUAUCAAAGGGUCGAUACUCCUGGUGCACGGAGGAUGAUGCUGCUGGUGGUGGUUUGGAUUACGGUGACGAGGAAGCACAAGAAGGCCGACAGUACGUGUACAGGAAUGCCUGUUCGGAUGUGCUCGACUACGGUAAGACGGAUGUGUUUGAAAAUGUGGAAGAUGAACGGAAUUACGUGAAGUACGAUAAUUCUGGUAUCUUCGAGUACGGUCCGCCAGAACGUCAGCCAGCAAAAGCUUCUGAACUGCGUGGGAAACAGCUGUACAAGUGUAGUUGUUCCGAUUCCAACUCGAGUCUUGACUCUGGCGAGGGUGGUGCUAUCGUGCAAUCAAUGAAUUAUCGUCAAGCGAAAUCGAAUAGCUGCGAGUGUAUCGGAUCAAGCGAAGGAGCUGCUGGUCGUCGCGGCAAGCACAACAGUUCGAACAAUAAUAACGUCAUCUCGGACAACUGUUACUACAGUGAACCGAGCAUUGAACAUUUGGAUGAAUUUAACGGAAAUGUAACGGCGAGUGCGGGCAACGAGGACGGAGAACAGUUUGUAAAGUCGGUUUGGAGUAAGGAGAAGAAACCGAAAAGCAGCUGCCUUAAAAAGACAAAACGCAACAGUAUAUUUACAAAUGUAGUCGUGCCAGAGCACGAUCUCAGUCGGAAGGUAAAGAAAUUCAACGUACACCAGCGCUUGUCGGUGAUCGACAACAGUCGUAUGAUCUUUGGAUCGUUGAAGGACAUCUUUGGUAUAGCGCUGCCGGAACGUGGCGUUCCGGAAGGAUCGGAAGAUCUGUCGUCCGUCCGUGAAUGCAUUCCGGAAGCGCACGAUGAUGGGAUACUCGAGGAUGACUUUACGCUGGUACAGAAACCAAAGUCCUUCCUUUCGAAGAGCCUGGACGGUGGUUUUAACAGCCGUAGCGGCGGUCGUACGAAUGCUGGACAGCAGAAAAAAUACGUCCACAACGUUGACGAACAGCUGCGACGAAAGAAUGAUGAAGAUCUGUAUGCACCGAGUCGGAAAAACAGCGUGGAAAAUGAAUUGCCGGCUAGCGAGGAAACAAUCGAUGGCACAAGCAGCAAGGAAAGCGAGCAAUCAGAUGAAGAGAACGUUACCUCGAACACUAAUUCUGACAUGAUCCAGCAGCAGCAACAACAGCAGAUGAUUAAUGGAGUUAGUGUAAUGGUUGGAGUUGUUGGUGCAGGAGCUUAUCGCAACAAAUUCAUCAUUAACGGAGAAAGUACAGUCUACGAGCAUACCGGUGUGUCGUACUGCUUCGAGGACGGCCAGGACAGGACACCGCAAGAGGAAGAAAAGGAACUUCCAGUUGGUGAAACGACUAGUGGAUCGUUUAUUGGAAAAACGCAGAUCAAAAAGAAACUUUCAACAAUUUUUCAAAAGAUGAAUGUUAUAAGCUCACAAGCUUCGACACCAAACACUGCUUCCCGUCCCUGUGGCGAUGGAGAAGGAGAACCUGGAAACCUGGAUGAAGUAACACAACGACAGAGAAGACAGUCGAGAGGUUCCGUUCUUCCAUCACCACCGUCGCCAAAGCAUUCCGAGAAGACGAUAAUGGAAAGUAGCACUAUCUCCUCCUGCAGCAGUGAGCAUUCCGACGGACAUUGCGUAGUUUCAGACAAAUUAAGUUCGGGAUUGGGUUCUCCUCACGGCAGCGGAGGAGGAACUUUCAAACCAAACCGUCACCUGUCAUCACCGUUGAAAAAUAGAUCGCUUACAACUACGCGUAUGGAAUCUGCUGCUCGUCCGUCACGCAUGAGUCCCGAUCUGUUUAAUCUUGGUGUUGCACCACCGUUAGGAUUUGCGGGCCGCAACUUAAACCAAAUCGACCCUCAGCUGGCCGAAGAGUUUGAAGACAUUCUGACGGUAACUGCUACUAAUACCGCAACGGAAUCGUUGAUCGAAUCGGUUGAACAACGGCAACAGACCGACAAGAAAUCGAUCGUGGAGGAUGAUAUCGUGCUAGUGGAUUAUCCAUCCACGUCGGGUGCAUCGAGUUCGACUGUUCUGUCGCCCAGCACUCCCCAAUUGGACGAUCUAACGCGUCCCACAAAUCGAUCGUCGUACCACCAGCGACCUUCUUCUCGCCACAACCCAAUGACGUCGUCAACCGCAAGUUCCGCAUCGACCGCCUCGAAAAGCUCGCUCAUUAAUCGCUUCCUGCGCAAUGUCACGCAGAAGAAGAUCCUCGAGGCCACGAUCAAGCAGAAUCCUUUCUUCCAGUCGAAACUGAACGGCGAACGAAAGCUCUUUGAGAAUCUCUGUCCACGGGGACCGGUGCGGCACAUCAAUCGGGAACUGGUCGAGGAUCUGAAUGCAGAAAUAGCGAUGGAAAUCGAGCUAUCCUCUUCCGCCUGUCAGCUUGAUCGCAUCCAGCUCAACGACACGUACGCCCAGUCCGGAGUCGAAAGCGUCAAUCCGUUCGCACUCGGGGGUGUCAAGUUUGAUGGUGGUGGUAUCGGAGUAGGCGAAUUACCGGUGGAACUGUUUUCGGCCGGCCCGCGGCUCUCCAUCUACCGGAACGAUAGCGAGGUGCUAAUGAAGGUGUUUAAGCUGUUCAAUGGAUACAGCCGGGAGGGUUAUAUGACACCGGUUCUGGUGUUUCUCACCGAUCGAACACUGUACGUUACGGAUCAAGUGCGGAACCGGCUGUGUAACAAGUUUGUGCUACCGUACGCCGAGCUGGACGUUAUAUUGGUCGGACCGUACGGGAAUACGGUGCUGCUGAGCAACUCGGCCCGUGACAUGCAGCAGGUACUGCUGGCCGGUGGACCAUAUCCGGCCGAGGGGCUAGUGUCGAGUUUGGAACUGUGCGCACGCCGCGGAGGAUCCGUACUACCGGCCGUUGGUCAGCUAACGCUCGACCAUUUGGCACCGCUGCAGGCAUUCGUGCGCGAUCAUUCGAGCGUGAGCCGGGAAGAUUCCUGGAAAUACUAUGCGGUCGUGAAUGUUCCGGCUGGAACGCUUGGCAGUGAGGAAGCACCGCUGGGUCCGCACAUCAAGGGACCAUUGAUGCAUCGACGGAUGUCACACGCAGGUUUCGUAGAUAACUGGUCCGCGGGAUACUUUUUGCUUAAAGCUGGGGUGCUUUACCUUUUUGGAGAUGCUUCCCAGAAGCUACCAACAUGGGCAGUGGCUCUAGCCGAAUGUCAAGGUGCACGCCGUUCAGUUAAUUCGGGACGUCCGUACUGUUUCGAGCUACUACUCCGUACAGGAGCACUUCAGCUGGCCGCACCAGAUGAGUACGUGGCGUCCGAUUGGCUACAGGCACUGGUGCAAGCGGCUAGCGGGGUGAGUGAAACGCGGACAGUACCUUCAAAGCUGUUUGAGAUGCAGGAACGUCGCCGUACACUCGGAUGUACGCUGAUUAUGACGUCAAACCAUCUGUUAACGCUGCGGGAAGAUUUCAGUGCACCGCUACGCCGGAAUACCAGCUACAGCACGGUGGGCGAGAUAAGCAAUCCGUCUUUGACAUGCAACCCAGCAUCAAUACAACAACUUCAACUGAAUUUAUCUUCACCCUCAAAGGAAAACAUCAAUCCCAACGCCACCCGUCGAAAGAUUAGUAAUGUCUCUAGCAAUAAUGGUGGACUGGAUAAUUACAGCGAGAUCAGUUCCAUUCGAUCGAACUGCAGUACACCAACCCGUUCAAACGUGGCGGGUCAGAUGAUUAACGUAGAACGGCGUUCGAAUGCGUCCAGCACCAGUACACCGACCAGAGGAUGUGCAAUACAACAGCAACAACUGCUAAACGGAUCGCCGGCAAGAAGUUUGUCACGAUCGGGUACUUCGGUCUGUGGUCCACCGUCCUUGGCGGACUUUUUUGCCGGCAGUACGGAAGAGAAGAGCUAUACUAAUAUGAGCAGUUUCUAUGGGAAAAAUUCCGGCGUCGAAGUCCUCACGUGCGCCAGCAUUGAUGAAAUGUCCGCCGUAAAGAUACCGGCCGUCUCUUCCAAUUGGUGGUGCAUACUGGAAUUUGAAUGCCAAGAGGUGCGGGAAAAUUCGGACGAUUUAGUCGUUUUCUUCUCAACCAGUGGCGAGCAGGAACGUUUUCUGUCCAUGCUCGAAUCCAUCUGGCACACCAAAAAGGAUGAAGCUUUUCCGGCUUCCAUCAUUAGCAGCGAUGAUGCGGUUUACGAUCAUUGCUCGAAGCUGUUUUUAGAAAUCAAUCGUUCCUGGGAACCGUUGCUGUCUGCGGCGCUUGGAUAUCCGCAAUAAGUCUA